AUGACUUGGGUCGUGCCGAACGAGGAUGCAGUGACGCUGGGCGAGCUUAAUGGAGAGCUCUACAGCGUCUCCAAACGAGACGACGCGCGUGUGGGUGACGAAUUCAUCCGACGUGGUGGUUGUGUGUUGCCCCCGGCACGUGUGGCAAGCUCCAAGCCCCGUCCAUUCGGCCAGGGAGACUCGCUGACGGACGAGCAGGACGAAGAGGUGGAUUCAGGCGCCUUGAGACUACUGAAGCGUGCGCUCGGAACCGCCAAAAUCUUGUUGAUGGACGAUGAGCAGGCCGUGCUGAACCGCGCGCUGGACACCGUCGGGAGUGCCGCACAGAGACUACUGAAGGCUGCAACGGAUGAGGAGGAGCUAGAGCUGGAGACUCAAGAAGCGAACUCCAAUGGCGAGAGCAUCGUGGGCCUGAGCUGGCACCCGACGCGGAACGCGCUGGCUGUGGCACAGAUAGACGGUGUUGUGGCGUUGUAUAACGUAGAGAGCGCAUCGUGGGACGCCAGAGUGCUGGAACACCCCAAGCAAGUGGACAUCGGCAGCAUUGAAUGGGGCAAGUUCACGGGUGACACGAUAGCCGUCGCGUGUAGGACGGGUUUAUUCCUAUGGAAGGUGCCUCAGAAGAGCAAGGAGCCGGUGUUGAUGGAGAUCCUGAAGCAUCCGAGCAAUGCUGGUUUCAGUCAGGUGUGCUGGAACGCGGAUGGGAGUUUACUGGCGGCGUUUGGUAAAGGAUCCAAGUCGGUGAUCGUGUUUGACGCCAUCUUCUCGAGAAGCACGGAGCUGCAGAGUCCCUAUAAACUGUCGUCGCUGCAUUGGUCGCCCACUGGAGAGUAUUUAUUCGUCAUCACCGAGAGUGGCGUGUCGUUGAUGUGGGAGACGCUGACAUGGAAGAGAGAGACUUGGGAAGUGGCUGCCGGGGGCUGCGGAUGGUCGAGCGACGGACGGUGUCUGCUUGUGGGGCUUCGUAACAGCGCCCUCUUGUACCCGUACAUCUUCCAAGAUUGCCCUCCCUCGAUAGACGCACAGAUUAGUUCUCCUGCUCUUGAUUUUGCAGAGACGGAGCUCUUUUCACUCGAUCGAAGUACCUCUGUCAUUGUCGGCGGUAAGGUUCAGGACGUUGCAUGGGACCCAAGUGGAUCAAGAGUAGCAGUCUCGUAUCGGACGUCAGCUAUCGGUUCCCACCAGGCUGGCACUGCGAAACUGGUAGCCAUUUUCAGUGUGGCAUGGCAACCGUUCCUGAUUUUCACUCGCAGCGGCCUUUUGCGUGGGCCUCCGAACGCCGGUGUACCGAGGAAGCUGGCAUUCGCUUCAAACUUCAAGCACGGAGCAUUGCUGAGCAUUGCUUGGAGCAGUGGCUUGAUCUCGUUCCACCCGUUCUAUUUGAAAGACCCGAAAGCUCCGUAG